UCAGCUCGAUCAGCCGAGCGUUGAAGAUUGGUCGAGGAUUUACGUGGACUGUUUGCAGAUCGCUCCAGUAUUUUAUUUUGUUCCAACAUUUACCGCACGUAACAGUGAAACAUCCCGAGUAAUGCACUCCUAACAACGAGCCUCAAGACUCAAGAAUACGUAUGAGGCACACGCAGACCACCACGCGAACACGCGGUCACAUUGGCACAUGGCUGGGGCGUUCGCCAGGCGCUGGGGUCUUCACCUGGCCGCCGCUGCUCUAGCCCUGUACAUCCUCGUCAUCAUCUUGCAGCGACCCAGGGGCACGGAAUACGAGAUAAGCAAAGACCACGAAUCACACUUGGAAGACACACCCGUGCCGGUGGACGAGGCAUUGGAUGAACCCGUAUGGCCUGAGUUGGCGAGGCCUUCACGUGCGACACGCCGGCACAAGAGGCCCGAGUCUCAAGUGAGGCCACCCUCGCUGUGUGGCCCUGGAUCAUCUUGGGUCCACUGCUUCCAGCCCAUCCGUCUGCAGUGGCCCGAGGCACACGGGCGACAGGCGACUGCGGCCGCGCCCCGCGAGGCCCCGCCCGGCGGCCUUCACCUGGACCCGGACGAGGAAGCGAGAGGCAGCAGACGACGAGGACGAGGAGGUGAGGGAGCAGGACUAGGUGGAGACAGAGGAGGUGAGGGAGCUCGAGGAGGUGAACACGAGAGCAGGGACGGAGGACAUCCACCGGGUCGAGGUGAACUCGCACGACAGGGGAUCGGAGGAGGAGGAGAGAGCGUCAGGCCAGGCGGGGGACGAGGCGAGGAAGGGAAAGGCGACGAGGAGGGCAGACGAGGAGGAGGAGGAAGAGGAGACGAGGAGGGAGCCAUGGCCACCGAGUGUAAGGGCGGCGGCCAGGAGGAGGUGUUCUGCUUGCGGGACGUGCUGGACGCCUUCCGUCUCUGCCUGGACGAGCGCGGCGAGGUGCUGCUGGAGGAGUACGCGCAGGGCUGGCGGGGACUUAUCAAGUUCAUGAACAGCCUGGGUACGAUGUUCUCCUUCAUCUCGAGCGACGCGGUCAGCAAGCUCGACAUCCUGGAGGCCUACCGCACUGGCCCGCACGCCGACCGCUACCGCUCGCUGCAGACCAUGGCACGCUUCGAGCUGGAGGCCGGCGACCUCGUCGCCGCCUCCAGGCGCGUCCCACCCUCCGGCUGCCGCACCUUCCUGCGCCUCCACCGCGCCCUGCUGUGGCUGCGCCUCUUCUUGGAGCGGCUGCGCACGAGCGGCGAGAACGACCGUCCGUCUACGAUGUGCUCCGAGGCGUACGACCGCUCCCUGUCGGAACACCACCCGUGGAUCGUGCGCCAGGCGUCCUCCGUGGCCUUCCGCCUGCUGCCGACGCGCAGCGCCUUCUUCGAGGUGAUGCACGUGGGUGCCGAGGAGCAGGUGGUUGCCAUGCUCGGAGAGGCCGUGCCUGCCAUCGAGAAGGUGUACGAUGUCUCCCAGGCCGUCUACACCGAGCACAAUAUGCUGGACUUGCCGUAAGCGCUGAUCGCCGGCUGCUGUCGUUGUUGCUGCGUGACGGUGUUUGCCCAACUGCGAUCCAGAUGGUGCCGUGGUUAUUGUUAACAGAAUGCUUAAAUGGGUGAAAUAUUGUAGGUACGGGGUGUGUAGGCUGCUUGUUGAGGACAGUUCAGCAUUUUUAACCAAGCCACACAAGCACUUUAUUAUUUGGACCCCUCCCAACUACUGAAUUGCAUGCCAGAGUUGAUGCAGCCGUUCCCUUGCUCAUUCAUGUUUGUCACACCAGCUUUCCCUUAAUGUAGCAACCUUGUAAAACUGGGUGCAGAAUACCAAUGCAAGGAGUGGCUAAAUAUGAUGAAUGUAAUUCGCUUGCAAAGCUAUCAGUCAAGGAUUUAAUUAUAUUGGCCACACCUCAUGACAUCUGGGAUGAAACCCAGUCUGGCAGGUUAGUUCAGAAUAGUGGCAAAUGUUUGGACUUGGUAAUCCAUUUUGGCAUAGUUCAAGGCCCUAUUUGUAAAUUUUAAGGCAGUGGGUUCCUGAAAUGUAUGCUUCAAGAGACUAACGAUAGUUUAGGAUUCAGGCUAUAUAAUACGCUUUUUGUCAUGUUAAUUUCUCGUUAUAAAUGCCUUGUUUUAAAACUGAACAUUUUUGGCCAAAUUUUUUUUUUUAUCAGUGGCGCAAUGGCCCAAGGUUAACUCACUGCUGUCUGAACCCAGCGAUUCGAAUUGAAUUCCCCACCACUGCUCAUAUCAGCGACGAGUGAUAUCUGAACCCUAGCACUGACCAGAAUUGUGAAGUUUGGUCAAACAAUCCCCAUGAUCAAUAACACGGGGGGGGGGGGGGGGGGGGGAGAGCGCUUCAUCCAGUGUUGAAUCGACAUGGGGGCUGUAAAUUAUUAUGAAUAUUCUAUCUUACCAAUUAGUCUACUGGCUGUUCUCCUCUAACACACAUAAGAUAAAACAUGAAUGACUUCUGGGCCCAGUUAGGUUGAGGAUGCCGCUAUUCCUGGCUCUAUCGAAGCUGGCAGAAUGAAGUUGACACAUUCAUGCUUGGUGGUCUGGAUUCAACUGUAGACUUCAACUGUUGUCUGCUAGCAUAUCCACCCCUCGUGUGCAUUCCCAUAAUUAAAGCACAUAAGGAAACUUCCUGCCUUUUGAGAUUUAAAUUUGUAAUGGGUUUUUGGUUUCAGGUUUAUUUAUUUAGAGGGGGCGUGAGCAGGUUAAUAGUACUGGUGGCUAGUUGAAGGUGCUUUAGUCUUAAAACAAAUGUUAGUUGCUUGACUAGGGGAUCACUUGCAUGAAUGUUUAAACAUUUACAUGUCGAAUCUCUUUGCCAGCAUGUUUUGGUGGUCACGUGUUCCUCAAACUUUGUCCAAUUUUAAAUCACUCAGCUGUGCGACAUUUAGAAAAUGUAUUAAAGAUACCCAUGUUUUCAGUUCAUUAACAGGAGAGAUAUUAUGCAGUGGUUGAUUUAAAAAAAUCCAUUGUAAAAGCUCAAAAGACCUGCAUGAAAUCUUGCUUGCGAAUCGUUUUUGUUAUUCAUAUUUGUUGAAUGUAAUUUGUCAACGUUAUCCCUGAGGCACUAUUUUCACAAUGAUAACCAUUCAUGUAAUUUUUAUGGGUGUAUCAUCACGGGCCUAUUUAUAAGUAUGCACUGUUUUUUUCACCACGAGGUGAAAUGUGAUUUAUGUUGAUUUAGGCUCCUGAUUUACAUCUACUUUUGGAAUGCAAUACAAAUGUACCAUUGAGUUUGCAAUGUGUGCAUACGUCUUUAUGCUCCAAAUCAGUUGCACAUCUGAAAUAUCAGGGAUGAACACAUUUCUACAAAUUCCAAUUAUUGGAAGUCACGAUACACAAUACAUCUUUGUGGUAGUGAAUUGUGCAAAAUAGCUGAUCAAUUUAAAUUUCCAUAAGGUCAAACACGAUAAAAGCUGUUUCCCCAUUUUGCAUGUAUGCAUGUAGAAAGCAUUCACAAUAAGUGUCUUAAUAAUGAAAUGAGUAAUCGGUGAUGCAUAUCUCCUGAAUACAGUCCUGAGCCAUUUUUAGUGAUUGAAUGUUCUAGUCCACACACAGGGACAGCCAUUGGUGGUACAUGGCUCCAGUUCAUAGGGUUGGGCUACAAACCGGCUUCGAAGUUUUUGCAGUCAUGUUUCAGUAUGCAGGUGGAUGGCGUUACCGGUGUACGAUGGCAGCAACGUCAUCAGCGCUUUCGCCACGUGGCCACGAAAAUAUUGGGCAGUUUCACGGAGAAACUGGUUUUUAGUUCAGCACAGCGACGGUGCAUUGUUGAGUAUUGCUUUUGCAUUGCAAUUACCAUUCAAUCCACAUGUGCACAUCACCCAACACUGUAAAACCCGAGGGAUUUUGUAGCUUCCACCAAGUGGAGCCCUGAGCCGCAACGAGGAGAAACCGCUCUUUGACUUGCCUCCGAAGUGGUUCUCUUGGCCUUGGUGUGCUUAUUUUAUCCACCCCGUAGGGGUGAUGUGUUGAACUUGCCAUGUUAUAAUGGGUACCUUCUGCUUUACCAUGAGCUGCAAUCUUUAUGCACGUGGAGGUUCUAUUAGCUGCUCUUCACUCGUUCAGCAACUUUGUGCCCACGUUAACUGCGAACAUGUGACCAACCAAGGGUUGCCAUGGUGGUGACAUGUUAACUACCUCGCCGGAUAUGUAGAAGACCGUGGGUUCGAUCCCGACCCGGAUGUCUGUAAUAUUUGGAGUAUGAAUUCUCUCCCCGUGGUCACGUGGAUUUUUCUCCAGGGCCUCUGUUUUUUUUUCCCUCCACAUUUAUAAACAUGCCUUUCAGCUACUAUGAAUGUCCACAUAAGUCACUUCAUUGGGUGAUCAUGUGGCCAGGUCGCUUCUGAAAAAUCGCUUAUAUAGCUCUGGGCCUUAUCUGGUCAAAUAAAAUUUGUUUAUAGUUUAACCAAACCGAUUACUUUAAAAACAGACGGCAGGCAGUCUGUCUUCACCCCCAUAUUUAAUUAGCAAUACAUGUUUUUUUUUUAAUAAAUGAAUUCACAUGUUUGCAUCAUCUGUAUUGUUUUAUAGAGGCAAUCCCUCUCCUCACAUUUCUGCAGAUAGUUGAGAGUUAACUGUAUACUGCAUCCAUCAUAAGUUACCAAAACGAAUGGGCAGUUGCGGUGUUAUUAUGAUUGCACUUCGAAGCGAUUAUUUUACGAGCAUAUAUUUGGUGUUUACAUGGGUGAUGAGUUGCUGCAGCUAUAUCUUUUAUGCAAUUGUUAUUUCUCUUUUUGUUUCACCUUUCAGGAUGGUACACGAGACGAUUAUUUUUGACGUUGAAAUAAAACACUUGGGUGCAUUGUAAUUUGGUUUAAUAAAGGAUGGAAAUGUA